UGAAGUGCAACCAACUGCUGUCCCGGAGUCAGUGCUGUAGCAGAAUAUCUGACAGGGAAUAUAUUCCAGCAGCUCCAAGCCGUGUAUUGUUCUCUCUUAAGCUUGAUCAGCAGCAUGCCCCGGCGCUCUGGAUGGGAGGUCGCUCUGAACUUGUGCUGAAGCCAAUUCAUCGUCGCGGUUGAAGGAGAAGAGCGCAUAGGGGCAAAACUACUCAGGCAGUAAACACGAGAUAAUGUCGGUGUUAAACAGACGGUUGGUGUAAGUGAAAGGACGCGUGCCGACGGCCAAAAGAACCGUUUCUGUUCCUAAAGUGGAGAUCAGUGGGAGCGAGGAUAACAUAUGGAUACAGCCGAUGUCUGCAGGAAUGGGCUACUGAUGUAUGAUGGCAGCUCGGACAUGCACGUUGUGCCGACUGAAACAGGUUGGUCUGGCCCCGGUAAAACUUCAGCAGAAUCAGACGUGGGACGAUUAGCGCGCAUUUAGGAGCAGAAGAUGAACUGAAUCGCUGUCGCUUUUACAGCGGCGCGCCUGAAGAUGACAGCAGGGUUAUUAUGGGAAACCGCGCUAUAGCAUUCACUGGACUUUUACUGGAUUUGGAGGGUUAUCUCAGUUGCUGCAUCUGAGCGAAGGUCAUCCUGUAAUACUGAUCCGGAUAUCCUUCAGGUCUGGGUGUGGUGUGAGACCACAGAUGGACGCCCUCUGUAAUGGAGCCAAGAAACCUGAGGGCUGUGAUCCUGCUGUAGAGCCCCGGCCCCCUCCUGCCAAGCUGGCUCGACUGGAACAAAACGGAUCAGGACCCUCUGCCCAGGAAAGGCAGGAGAGUCCUGCGGCCAAAAACCCCUGCCUGGCCCAGAAACCCACCACAGUGAGGACACAGUGCAAGAGCUUGCACAGCAGAGGGAGCCUGCUGCCUGUGUUCUGUGUGGUGGAGCACAAGGAAAGCCCUCUAGAAAGAGAGAGGAGAGAGGAACAUGCCGAGUUUGUGUUGGUCAAGAGAGAUCUACUGUUCAACCAGCUGAUAGAGAUGGCCCUGCUGACACUGGGUUACUCGCACAGCUCUGCUGCACAGGCCAAAGGUCUGAUCCAGGUGGGCAAGUGGAACCCGGUGCCUCUUUCCUGUGUAACGGAUGCUCCUGAUGCCACAGUGGCUGAUAUGCUGCAGGAUGUUCACCACGUUAUCACCCUUAAGAUACAACUGCACAGCUGUCCCAAGCUGGAGGACUUGCCUGCCGAACAGUGGAGUCACUCCACAGUGAGAAACGCUUUGAAGGAGCUCCUUAAGGACAUGAACCAGAGCACACUCGCCAAGGAGUGUCCACUGUCCCAGAGUAUGAUAUCAUCUAUUGUAAAUAGCACUUACUAUGCAAAUGUCUCAGCUGCCAAGUGUCACGAGUUUGGUCGAUGGUACAAGCAUUUCAAGAAGACCAAAAGCUUCAAGGAGAUCGACAGCUUCUCCGACCAGUCCACGCAUAUCACUCUCACCCAGCAGCCAAUCACAAAUAGCCCAGCUGAUCAGAGCUCCACCCUUCUUUUCCCUCGGGGAGACGUGGCCAACAUAUGUGGCCGACCCCCCCUCAGCCUGCGCCCUCACAGGUUGGUAACCCAACCUCUCAGCUCCCAGAUGGUCAACCAGCAGCUUGUGAUGGCCCAGUUUCUCAACCAGCAGUAUGCUGUUAGCCGCAUGCUAGCUGGCCAGGGUCUCUCACCAUCCCCGCAGCAGUAUCUCAACCACCCACCGGUAGGGAGGGCUCCUGCCAAGGUCUUCUCCAAAUCUCCUGAUUCCCAAGCCCCACAGCAGGCACACUGUGGCCCAGGGGGAGGGCCUGCAGCCGGGCCACAAAACCAAUCACCGGCUGGGUCUUCUGUGGGGUCAGCAGAUGUUCCAAGUGACAUCUACCAGUGUGUGAGGGAGGAACUGAAGAGAGCAGGCAUCUCCCAGGCCAUCUUUGCCCGGGUGGCCUUUAACAGGACUCAGGGCCUGCUGUCAGAGAUUCUGCGGAAGGAGGAGGACCCUCUACACGCUUCCCAGUCUCUGCUGGUCAACCUGCGGGCCAUGUACAGCUUCCUGCAGCUCCCUGAGGCUGACAGGGAACGCAUUUACCAGGAGGAGAAAGACAGAAGCCUGACUGGAUUCACCCCCAGCUGCAAUAACACACCACCAAGACCCACACAGGCAAGACUGUCCCCAGUUACAGGAGAUAGAGCAUUGAGGACAGACAGUUGUGUUCUCAAUGUGAGCGCUUCUAUCUACGAGGAGAUUCAGCAUGAAAUGAAGAGAGCCAAGGUGUCGCAGGCUCUGUUUGCAAAGGUGGCUGCCUCCAAGAGUCAGGGCUGGCUGUGUGAGCUGCUGCGUUGGAAGGAGGACCCCAGCCCCGAGAACCGGACACUGUGGGAGAACCUGUGCAUGAUCCGUCGGUUCCUCAGCCUGUCCCAGACUGAACGAGAUGCCAUCUAUGAACAGGAGAGCAACAACGCGGCGGCACAGCAGCACUGCAACGACAGGCUCACAUUGCUGAGCAGUGACAAUACACUGUACCAACGAAACUCUCCACUGCCACAGCAACAUCAUCUUCAACCCCACCAUCCUCUGCAGCCCGAGGCAGGGCCUCACCUGUCUCCACGGCAACCAUGCGCUGCAUCACCAGCCGAGUCCGAGGUUGGGCCCAACUGGGGGCACAUGAGAGUACGUUUGCAGGGCAGGGGUAGCAGCAAUGAUGACAGAGGGGAUAGUAAUGACUGGGUUGAGGGAGGGCAAGGAGAGAGAAGCAGUUUGGGAGGAGAGUGGGGUUGCACAGGUAGGGUGACAGACAAAUGUACAGAGCAAGCGAGGGAUGAAAAUAUGGGUGAAGGAGGGAUAAAUGAAACCUUGGGAGACAGUAAAGAGGGCAGGGUUAAGGAGAAACUCUCUGUGAAGUGGCCCAGCAUGAGGGACGAAGACCAAGAUAGGGCUGGAGUUUGUUCAGAGGCAGAUAACGAGGUCCGAGAUGGAGUUGAGGCGCAAGGCGAGGGGUUAAGACUGUCCCACGAAGCAUUGGGAAUCCUGCAGAGCUUCAUUCAGGAUGUGGGCCUCAACCCAGAUGAGGAGGCAGUCCACACCCUGUCGGCCCAGCUGGGCCUCCCCAAACACACCAUCCGAAGAUUCUUCAACAGCCAGGACCACGAUCAGCAUCAGCACAAUAGCCAGAGCCCAAAACACAGCCAAGACAAGCAGAAUGGCUGCACAGAGCCGCAGUCAAACAUACCUCUGGGGGAACAGGAGGAGGAAGGUGAUGAAAAGACUGAAAGAGAACAGAAGGUGGAAGAGAUGCAAACAGGGAUGAGUGAGAUAACUGUUUUGAAAGAGUCAGAUAUUGGAACUCAAACCAUUCCCCCUAUGAAGGAGGAGCAGGAGAGCUACAUCUAACCCAAAUACGUGCUGUAACACACUGACUCUCAGUGCGUUGCUAUGGGAGUGUUUUAUAAAUGCUGUGGAGGGACUACUGUAUAUGUGCACACCACAGCUUAGACCCAUACAGAUCAUUAUACUUAGAGAGCUGCCAUGUGAUUUGAGGAUCCGUACUGCACUUGAGACAGAAGACAACUGUGACCAUAUGUGCAGAUAACGUCAUAACAAGUUGUUUCUGUGUAGAUACGUGUGUCUGGAUGAAUGGAACCCCCAUGCAAAGAGCCUCAGAUUACAUAUCACUGUAAGAAAUUUGUCAUUGUAGUUGGUUAACUGACCUAAAGUUUGAGAAAUGUUCAUGCCAGAAAUGCCUUGCAGAGAGUGGCACUGCCAGUCUGUUAUUUUAAUGAUCAAUAUGGCCAUUGUUUUUGUUUUGGGGUAUUUUUUCACUACGUUUUGGAUUUAAAUGUUUAACUGUUUCCUGCAGGAAUCUCACUGUUAUAUAUUACAUUGCUCAAGUUUGUCUAUCACAUUGUAUUGAAUAUCAAGUUUCCUGAUACUGUUUUAGAUGAAAUGAUAGUUGCAUUUGUGAAUGACAUAUAGCAUGGGGAUUUAACUCUCUCAUAAAUGACAGGACAUCCUCUGCAUUUCUUUUUGCUGCAGGUAUUAAUUAAUCAAUACAUGAAACACAAACUGAACAACAUGUGGGUAUUUAAGGUGUCUUGACUGCAAAUCAGUUAUUGUUCCUAUUUCUCAACUUUAUUCUCAACAACAAGAUUUUUGCUCCUGAGCAUAUCAUAGUUUACAUAUGGUAUUUCUAUUACUGCAUGAAUCUAAAUUUCCCCAAAUAGCUGUGUUAUUUUGAGUGUCAUGUUUACACAUUUUGUGGUUGUCAUUUUGUAAUGGUUUAUCAUUGUACAUACUGUAGCAGAGACAGGCAUAAUAAUGAAGCGUUGUAAAAGAUGUCCUGAAAGUUUGCUUUGACAUUCAUUCUCAUGUGGUUCACACGGACUGUGCUGUACUGAGUGCACAAUGUUUAAAGUCUAAAGUGGACACUAGAAAUGCAAGACUGAAGCUGUGCACAUGAAGUGUUCAAAUUAAAAGACAGCACUUUCAUUUGCGAAAUCUGUUGUGAGCAUUUGAGCUUCUAGUUGGAGAGUGAGAUUAUUAAUGUUAUGUGUUUUUAGAGUCUGGACAGAUAGCUUUUAACUCAGUCCAUCUUUGUAUUUUAGUUUGUCAGACAUUUUACAGAUCCCUCUCAGUGUAUAUAUUGGUAUUCAUAUAGAAAGUAGAAACAUUUCUCCACAGUAAAAUAUGAUGUUUCUUACCAGGAAACUCAGGUUUAAAACCUCGUGACUGAAUCACACAGAGGCUGAGAUAGCUGGGAGGGCUUCAUGCCAUUUCUGCUUUCCAACAAAUAAAAACAUGGUUGUUUUCUCCCUUCACAGUGUAAUAUCAGCAGAUUUCAUUUGCACUUUGGAAACAUUUAGCUGACCCUAUAGAACAAGGAGAGAAGUAAAUAAGAGAUGAAACUGCUAUUUUAAGAUGAGCAAAAGGCUGCUGUAAAAGACCCAUUAAAGAUAUAAUCAAUGGUUCUGAUGUCCUCUGUCUGUGCUGGUGUUGUAGAGUUAGAUUCUCUUGUAUGUGACUGUGUUGAUGUUGGUGAAUUGCUGUCAUUGUUUCCAGCUGUCAGACAAUAUUCUUCUGUGCUUCUCACCAGGGCUCCCUGUACCAGUGGAUGUGUGUCUCUGUACAAUCACAUGUCCUUCAGUGCUGCCAGUGUUUUCUAUCUUCUGUCUCUUUUUUUUU